AUGAAACUUUCAGGCGCUACAUCGUUUGCUCAAGAACGCAUUUUACUUGAUGAACAAGUUCGCUUCACGAAAAAUGUAGCUAUCUACAAUGAAUUGGACGCCUUAAAAGUUGUACAAGGGUGUUUAUCAAGAAAUCGAUUAUUAACUGCCCUUCGAUCUGUUUUGACCAAACAAACCAUACUCCGCACAUCUCUUGUGAUUGAUAACAAAGGUGGUACUCUAAAACAAUGUAUUACUGAUAGGCAUCAAACCUUCAGCUUGGCAGCCGACCUGACAUUCAAAAAUAACAAUGAACUGUAUGAUAUCAUUGAUCAAAUAAUUAUCGAUCCUAAUCUAUUCGAUUUGUCGAGUGGUCGAAGUUUUCAUUGUCAAAUACUUCGACAAGACAGCUCUAUGAGACAAAACGAGGAUGAUGAAAUCAUCCCAUGCUCUGAUAUUCUCAUCGUUGCUUUUCAUCAUUCAGUUUUCGAUCGAUUCUCUAGUGGCAUCUUUUUCAAUGAACUACGCCAUGCAUAUAACAAUAAUGGAAUAAUAUCAGUCGAUGACGACUCGUUACAAUACAUUGAUUAUUCAGUUUAUGAACAUGAAAUGGAUAUGAUGGUAUCACACGAGUUUUGGAAGUCACAACUCCAAGGAUACAAUCUCGAACAUCGACUGUCAUUGCCAACUGAUCGACAGCGUUCAUCGAAUGAUCAACGAUCUGGUGUUGCAUCAGUCGCUGAAAUUCAUUUCGAUGAUGAGAUUUCUAGAGCAUUUCUAAAUUAUGCAUCUGCCCAUCAAGUGACACCUUUUCAACUUGGAUUGGCCACAUUUUAUACAUUUCUCUUCAGAUUAACCCAUGGUGACUCUGAUAUUUGUGUUAGUGGUCUUAACGCAAAUCGAUAUAAAAGUGAAUUAGAAAAUAUGAUUGGAAUGUUUGUUGCAACAUUACCUUAUGCUAUCAAACUUAAUUCUUGUUGGUCUUUCGAUGAAUUGGUAAAACAUGUAAGAGAUAAAUGUUUGUCGAUUCUGGAACAUUCUCAUUAUCCUCUACAAUAUAUUCUUGCUGAUUUUUAUCUCAAUCAAUUGAAUGCUUCUUUUCUUGAGAUAGUAUUUGAUUUUAUCACUAUUCCUUCUGAUGGGGGUCAUUUAUGCUUCAAUGGUGCGACAUUAGAACAAGUUUCAUUAGAACAAUCAUCUAAGGUGGCUAAAUUUGAUUACAUGCUGAGAUUCUUUCACAAGCCGACAUUGAAUGAUGGUAGCCUUUCAUGUUGUUUUACAUGCUCGCAUGAUUUGUUCGAUGAAUCAACGGUUGAAACCAUGGCACGACGAUUUCAACAUCUUGUGUUUCAACUAUUUUGUUCGAAGUCUGAUGUUUCUGAGAUUGAUCAAGCUUCUACACCUAUCAAAAAACUUUCGCUUAUUUUAUCUGAUGAAGCUGAAGAAAUGCAAGGAAUUGUUUUUUAUAGAUUGGCUAAUAUUUUCGACGAAGGUAUACUUAUAAUUCUUACAUGUUUUUUUAAUCUAUACUCGUUACUCAUAGAAGAAUAUUCAUUUUAUUCCCUAGAAAAGGCGUUGUUAAUGAAUAGAGUUUAG